AUGGCUGGCGCAAAUGUCGCAGAUAUUCUGCGCUUCCUGUCGCAGGAUGCCAAAGUUCCUCUCGCAACUGCACUAGGGAAGGUCGUGGACUUGCAGAAGGCUAGCAUGACGAGUGCAGAUCAGAUCGCCAAAGCAGAUAUCAAAGCUAUUCAAGGGAUCUUCAAAGAUGAAAAGCUUGCCAAACAGGUGCUCAAUGCUGCCAAAAGGGUCUCGAAGAAACGCGGGGCCCCAACUGACGUUGCAACGGCAUCACCUUUAAAGAAGAAAAAGGAAACUAAAAUUACGAAAGAUUCGACCCCUUUUGAGAUUGAAUCUUCUUUGAGUCUACCCACGUCUUCCACUAGCGAUAGCGAGCUCUAUAACAUGACGAUAGUGACCAACCGUGCUCCCCUGGUCCUCGCUUUUGCAGUAUGUGUCUUGAAAUACACCAUGCCUGAGCAGCCAAUCUCCAGUAGAUUGAGUCUUGCACAGUCAGUGGUCAGUGCCAACAGUCGAAGCAAGGCCGUUAGCCUAGGUAUUGAAAGUGGCAAGUCAGCAGAACAAGAGGGAUGGGGAGAGGGCCAUUCAACAGUCAAAGUUCUUGGAAGAGAAAUUCGAGUUUUAAAACGAUGGGACUACAACCCACGCGAGGGAAAGCCAGAGAACGCAUCUGCACGGGAAGAAUCCAACGCCAAUGCGGUACCCAUUGAAGAUUUACUGGGACAUGGUGAUGUUGAUGACGCAGACAAAAUGCCACCGCUAUGGGGUAUCGACUUAGAAGCCAAUCGAAAAUCUCAAGCUACCGCCGUUGGCUCAGAUCCAAAGCCAAUUAGUGCACUGCCCAUCUACACAGCACUAUCUGCGCGGUCCUACCUCAUUCGGUCGAUUUGCAAACUACAGGAAGGGACGCCAUCAAAGUCAAAGUCCGCUGCUGCAACCAUACAAGAAAAGGAAGACUACGUCGGUCAUCUUGUGCGUGCUAUUGACUUAGUGUGCAGCUCGUGGAGCACAACGUUAGAUAGCAGCGAAUUGGACAAGCGUGCUUGGGCUUGGUAUCUCCGUGUUCGACCGGAUGUUCAAAGCGGCGCUCAAGGAUGGGGUGAAAAAGGGCAAGUGAAUUUAGCAGACAUUCUUGCUCUUCAAAAGCGUCCUUAA